AAAUGUCAAACGCGUGACGUCAAAAAACGUCUGCGGCCGUGUUGCGUUUCUCUUCGGCAGAAAGAUUUUAGAAAAUUCUAGUAAAUAUUUGGCCGCAAAUUCACCGAAAGGACAUCACUUUGUGCAGCAGCAUUGUUCCUGUCCCUCCCGAUCAACACACGGAUUCGAUGCGGUGAAAUUACGAUUGUUCCUUCUGCGCGCAAAAGGUUGCACCCACCCACAUCACCAUCCAGGGAGGAGGAGGAGGGCGAGGCCAGCAGCACCAGGUGAAAAUCGAUUAUUGAUCAAGUGAAGAGAAAUUGAACGCGAUGACCACAAAGGCCGCAAACGGUUCGACGGCGGCCGUUCCGGGGGCCCGCGGUGUGGCACGGGUACUGGCCAAGCUGGAGUCGUCGAUCGAGACUGGGAAUUAUUACGAGGCCCACCAGAUGUACCGGACGCUGUACUUUCGGUACUUGUCCCAGCGCAAGUACGAGGAACUGCUGGAGUUGCUUUACAAAGGCUCUUUGACGCUGUUGAACCACGAGCAGCACACGAGCGGAGCGGAUUUGGGCCUGCUGAUUGUGGACACUUUGGAGAAGGCGGCCAAGCCGGAACAGGAGGCGGAACCGUGGAUGCAGAAGAUUGCGAUGCUGCUGAGCAAAAUACCGCAGAAUGUGGUGGAGAGGGAAACGCUGCUGGUGAAGGCGGUCAAGUGGAGUGCCACCGUGUGCAAAUCGCAGGUUGGCCACCCGCUGAUGCACAAACUGAUCGCCCAGAUCAUGUGGAACGAGGACAAUCUGGCCCAGGCGAGACAUCACUUUCUGCUGUCCAAGGACGGUUCCGGCUGCGGCCACAUGCUGAUCCAGCUGGCCCAGACGAAGGGCGUCCCGUCCGAGAUGGACCUGUUUAUCGCGCAGGUCAUCCUGCAGCAGCUCUGCCUGAAGGAGACGACGACGGCGGCGGAAACGUUCGCGACCUACACCAAGUACCAUCCAAAGAUUGCCUCGAGCGAGCCGCCCUUCAUCACGCCGCUGCUCAACUUUUGCUUCUUCCUGCUGCGGGCGAUCGAAACGCAGCAGAACCAGCGCAAACUGGCCGUCUUUCGGACGCUGUGUGACCUGUACCGGCCCUCGCUCGAGCGCGAUCCGUCCUACGAGAAGUAUCUGCAGAAGAUCGGCAUGAUAUUCUUCGGGGCGAGUCUGCCGCAGCGGCCCCAGGGCGAGGGAAUGGGCGGCAUCUUUGGCGACUUGCUGAACCAGUUCUUCCAGGGGUUGGACGACGACCUGGACGGGGACGAAGAGGCGACACCGGCCGGAGGAAGCUUCCCGCGGAGGGCAGCGGCGGCAGUGUCAGCUGCGGGACGAACGGAAAGUCGUGGCGCGCCCAAGGAAGAGCUGGAUUAGUUGUUUUUGAAUUUGUUUGAUUUAUGUUUUUUCCUUGUUUGUGGAAGCUGCUUGUGAGUGUGGGGGGACGGGUCGCCUGGAGAACUAGAAUUGUGCACUAAAAAGCUACACAGAAACAAAAAAACGCAGAUUUUAACGCCGGUGAUUGAAAACGAAGAACAAAAAUCGCUAUCUCUAAUAUUGCAA